UAUAAAUUUCAUAAAUAGAUAAAUAUGGAUUUAAGUGGUAGUUUAGAUUUAUCCACCACUUUGGGUUCCAAGUGUUUCCAUAGUACCCCUCUGACCAACAUAAAAUGGAAGAUCCAUCCAAUGGUUGUAUUUACAAUCCUAGAUUCCUACAUGAGGCGUGAAGAGGGACAACACAACGUCAUAGGAACACUUUUGGGUGUGGUAUGUGAAGGAAAUACGGUCGAAAUCACAGAUUCCUUCGUCGAUAGGCACUCUCUCACAGAUGAGGGUCUUUUGCAAAUUAUCAUUGAUCAUCAUGAAAAUAUGUACGAACUUAAACAGAAGGUCAAUCCAAAGGAACAAGUUGUCGGAUGGUUCUGUACUGGAUCAGAGAUGACAGAAUUAACAUGCGCCGUGCAUGGAUGGUUCAAGCAAUUUAACUCUGUCUCGAAAUUUUAUCCCCAACCGAAUUUGUACGAGCCUAUUCACCUCCUUGUAGAUGCAACAUGCGACUCGGGAUCGAUGAUGAUUAAGGCUUAUGUUCAACUCCCAUUGACUAUCACCAAAGAUGCCUUUUUUCAAUUCCAUGAAGUAGACUUGGAGCUUUUGGUUUCUCCAUCUGAUACUGCAGGAAUGUCAACACUUUUAAAGUCCCUUGAUAAUUGGAAGAAUCGCAAACCACUCACAAGAGGUGUUACUCCAAAUACGUUUGGGGGUGCUCUGCUACGUUUGAGAGAUCUCAUUGACAAGUGCCUCAAAUAUGUGGAGACUGCAAUGGAGAGUAAUGGAAGUGUAAAGAUUCCACCAGAGAUUGGGAGAUUUUUGUUAAAAACAGUUUCGACUGAGAGGUUACUAAAACCUCAAAAACUACAGCAAAUAUGUGAAAUGUCACUCCAGGACAAUUUGAUGAUUGCUUAUCUGGCAAAUUUGUCCAACCUGCAAUUUGCGCUGUCUGAGCAUCUCAACGCUUCUUUCUAGAGGGGAUAAUUUUUACAAAUUAAGUAUUAUCUGG